CCCUUGAAUACUCACAGUAAUGAAGCAGUGUGGGGAUGUUUUAUUAUCCAGUGUCUGAUUAUUUCUCUGUUCCCUUUCAUGCUGUAACAAACCAAGUUGUGAAGCAAUUGGAAUUUAUAUGAUGAUGUGAAACUGAGUCUCAGUUCUCAGUUCAGAAUGGAUUCUUUGCCUGCGAGUGAAUGGUUGGAGGCAGGUCAAAAAGUCUCUGUAGCUGGGAUAGAGCUGGGGAACCUGGCAGAUGGUGAUUGCUAUGUAUAGCUUAGAACUUACUUGAAUUUUUUAAAAAUUUAAUAUUUUAUUACUAAUUUCCAUUUUUACUGCUACUAGAAGACAGUGGUUUUAUUUUAAGUUCCUGUGGCAUUUCAUUUUAUAUCUGUUGAAACAAAAGAAACAAUUCUAGACCCAGCAUAGGAGUAGGGGAAUAGAAACAUCAUAUUUCUUCAGAACUGGAGUUAAUUUUAAUUGGGAUGCUUACUUUUGUGCAUUUCAUAUUUUGCAAAUGAAUUAUGUUAAGCCUUUGUUCUUAAAUGAUUUUUUUCCUAUUUAGUGUAUGUAUGUGCCUUCUCAUCCAUUUGUACACACCAGCAAGUGUCUGCUGAGGCAUAAUUCCUACUGCUGAAGCAGCUGUAAGUGCUUUCCCAACUAGCAAAUGCUGCAUAACAAGGCAGAAGACUUCAAGGAUUCUCCAGUCUUUUUUUUUUUUUUUUUUUUACUAAUGUGUGGAUCACCAUGUGUGAGGAUGUCACACAGAAUAAAUCUUGAGUCUGUUUUAGCUGAUACAUACAAUCUUUUGAAAUGGUAUGUUUUUUCUUUCAUGGUGAGAGCACAAUUAUAUUGGUAUUUUCACAAUUUUGUUUCAGAUGAGAAGAAGCAGAUGGUUGCAAAUGUUGAGAAACAGCUCGAAGAAGCGAGGGAACUGCUUGAGCAGAUGGAACUUGAAGUUCGAGAGAUCCCACCUCAAAGCCGAGGGAUGUACAGCAGUCGAAUGAGAAGCUACAAACAAGAAAUGGGAAAACUUGAAGCUGAUUUUAAAAGGUCACGAAUCGCCUACAGUGAUGAGGUGCGGAAUGAGCUCCUAGGGGAUGACGGGAAUUCCUCAGAGAACCAGAGGGCACAUCUGCUCGAUAACACAGAGAGGCUGGAAAGGUCAUCUCGGAGACUAGAGGCUGGAUACCAAAUAGCAGUGGAAACCGAGCAGAUUGGACAGGAGAUGCUUGAAAAUCUCAGCCAUGACAGAGAGAAGAUCCAGCGUGCUCGGGAAAGGCUUAGAGAAACAGAUGCAAACCUGGGGAAGAGUUCCAGGAUUUUGACAGGAAUGUUGCGAAGGAUCAUCCAAAACCGGAUUUUGAUCGUUGUUCUGGCAGUCAUCAUCAUCUUCACCACCAUGAUGGCUAUUUAUUUUUCUGUCAGGGGACGCUGAUAUCUUUGUUCUUCACUAAAC